CUUUAUUAUCUCUUCUAUCCUUUGUCCAAUUAGUGUGUUUGAGAAAAAAGAAAAAUGGGUGAAAUAUCAGCAGCAUUAUCUAAUGUGUUGAAUAAUGAAAAUGGACAUGUAGUGGGAGGUCCAAGAAAGAGUUGUUGGUAUGAAGAAGAAAUUGACAAUGACUUGAGAUGGUGUUUUGCUCUCAAUAGCAUUUUGCACACUGGUGCUACUCAAUAUCAAGAUAUUCAACUCUUGGACACAAAGCCCUUUGGAAAGGCUUUAGUGAUCGACGGAAAGCUUCAAAGUGCAGAGAUAGAUGAAUUCAUCUAUCAUGAAUGUCUUGUCCAUCCACCUCUCCUUUAUCAUUCCAAUCCUAGAAGCAUAUUCAUUAUGGGAGGAGGUGAAGGUUCUACAGCCAGAGAAUUAUUAAGGCACAAAACAGUCGAUAAAGUUGUAAUGUGUGACAUUGAUGAAGAGGUGGUGGAAUUUUGCAAGUCAUACUUGGAGGUUAACAAAGAAGCAUUUUCUGAUCCUAGACUUGACCUUAUUAUUAAUGAUGCCAGGGCUGAGCUGGAGAGGAGGGAGGAACAUUAUGAUAUAAUUGUAGGGGAUUUAGCUGACCCUAUAGAAGGAGGACCAUGUUACCAACUUUAUACAAAAUCCUUUUAUGAAUUUAUUGUUAAACCUAGACUUAAUCAAGGUGGCAUCUUUGUUACUCAGGCAGGACCAGCAGGAAUUUUCAGCCACACAGAAGUUUUUUCCUGCAUUUUCAAUACUCUGAAACAAGUUUUCAAAUAUGUUGUGCCUUAUUCAGCUCAUAUUCCAUCUUAUGCUGACACUUGGGGAUGGGUCAUGGCAUCCGAUACUCCAUUUGUUGUAAGUGUGGAUGAAUUGGACCAAAGAAUCAAGCAGAGGAUCAAUGGAGAAAAUAGAUAUCUUGAUGGCAAAACAUUCACUUCAGCCUCUACAUUAAGCAAAGCUGUUAGAAAUUCAUUGAACAAUGAGACUCAUGUUUACUCAGAAGGAAAUGCAAGAUUCAUUUAUGGACAUGGAAGACACAAUCAAGCAUGACAUAAUGGAACAAAAAUUGAAAGGGGAGCUACAUGAUUAUUGUAGCACAUUAACAAAA